CUUCUCCCUCCGGUCUUGUCUUCUUUAAGACUCUGCAAAAUACGACCAUGGCCGGCGAAUCAAGAAAGAGAAAGGUUGGUCUUUUAUACGACGAGAGGAUGUGCAAACACGACACACCUGACGGUGAUGACCAUCCCGAGUGUCCUAAUCGCAUCAAAGCUAUCUGGGAGAUGCUUCAGCGCACUGGUCUCGCUCAAAGAUGUGUGGUUCUUGGUGGUAGCAAAGCGGAAGAUAAGCAUCUUCAACUGGUUCACACAAAGGAACAUGUUAAUUUAGUUAAGAGUUUAAGCACAAAGAAGAAAGAUUCUCGGAGAAACAAGAUUGCUUCGAAGUUGGAUUCAAUAUAUCUUAAUGGAGGCUCAUCAGAAGCGGCGUAUCUUGCAGCUGGAUCUGUUGUGGAGGUGGCAGAGAAAGUUGCAGAAGGAGAAUUAGAUUGUGGCUUUGCUAUUGUUAGACCACCAGGGCACCAUGCUGAGGCAGAUGAAGCCAUGGGGUUCUGUCUAUUCAACAAUGUUGCAGUUGCGGCUAGUUAUUUACUAAACCAAAGACCAGAUCUAGGUGUCAAGAAAAUUCUGAUUGUUGAUUGGGAUGUUCAUCACGGAAACGGUACACAGAAGAUGUUCUGGAAAGAUCCUCGUGUACUAGUGUUCUCUGUUCAUAGGCAUGAUGGUGGAAGCUUCUAUCCAACGGGAGAUGAUGGAGAUUAUGACAAGGUUGGGGAAGGAGCAGGGGAAGGGUUUAACAUAAACGUUCCAUGGGAGCAAGGAAGAAGAUGUGGAGAUGAAGAUUAUAUUGCUGUAUGGGACCAUAUCUUGAUUCCUGUGACCAAAGAGUUUAAUCCUGAUCUUAUUUUUCUUUCAGCUGGAUUUGAUGCAGCUAUUGGUGAUCCGCGUGGGGGUUGUUUUGUUACACCAUAUGGAUAUUCAGUUAUGUUGAAGAAGCUGAUGGAGUUUGCACAAGGAAAGAUUGUGAUGGCAUUAGAGGGAGGGUACAAUCUUGGGUCAGUUGCAAAGUCUUCACUGGCGUGUGUCCAAGUUUUGCUUGAAGAGAAACAAAUUCAAGAUUCCUUUGAAGAAUACCCAUAUGAGUCUACAUGUCGUGUCAUAGAAGCGGUACGCAAGAGGCUAUGCGCAUACUGGCCUUCACUUGCAGAUGAGUUACCGUGGGAGGCAAAAACUCCUAGUAGUCCAGUUAAGCACCUUUCUCUUUUUGUCCAUUUUCUUCAUUGUCUCCUUAACUUUGCUUCUGCACAAACUUCUUUAUUCAAGACAAGCAGUAGUACUGUAGUAGUAGCGACGACGGAGAAGAAGUUCUAGAGAGCACUUUUAUUCAGGAGCAAGCCGAGAGCUUGCGUGCUUCCUUGGAGGUGGCCUUGGAAGAAAAGGCGGCGCUACAGACCAAGGUGGUUGAACUGCAAGGCGAGAAGUUGCGCCUUCAAGACAAAUAUGCAGCGGAGGCAAAGGAGGCCGCUGAGCAACUGACGCAAGUUUCCAGCGAACUGAGAGAGGCCAAGAUCGACCUUGACUUUCAGCGUGAGCUUUUCAAGAAGGCUGGCGAGGAGAAGAAGUUGCUGGAGGGACGGGUCCUUAAGCUUGAAGCUGAACUGCAGCAGGAGGCUAGCGAUAAGUUGCGUCUUCGAAUCUCACGAGACAGAUAUGCAGCGGAGGUGAAGGAGGCCGCUGAGCAUCUGGCCAAAGUUCGCAGCGAGCUGAGAGAUGUCCAAAUUGAUCUUAACUUGCACCGCAAGCUUCCCAAGAAGGCCAAGAAAGUCAUGUAGUCAAAGUUAGCGUGGAGUUUCAUUGCCCUUUUUGUAAAUCCAAACUAUGGUUACUUCUUUUUGGAGGUUUAGUGUCUCAACUACAAGUCCACACUAAACCAUUGUGGUUGUAGUAAAAUAUGUUUAUCUCAGACUGUCAUUGACUGAGACUUAAGAUUGUUAGGUUUCUCUCACUUUUCCCUCCAGAGAAGAUAAAAAAAAUCAGAUUUAGAAGAUGAGCUUGAGAUGUAAACAGAUUGGAGAGAGAACAAAAAAGG